AUUAGGAGAAGCAGAAAAGGCAAUGUAUCACUAUAAACAAGCUGGUGCUGAAUCAGACCCUGAUGUCUUGACUAAAGCUAAAAAUCUUCAGGUUCAUCUGAGUAAGUGUACUGAGGCCAAGAUACAACGAGAUUGAAACACACUACUGAAAGAAACCAGGCUCGCCAUAUCAGCUGGUGCUGAUUCUGCCCCAUAGAUUUUUGCAUUGCAAGCUGAGGCCUUGCUGAAGCUGCAUAGGCUUCAAGAAGCAGAUGAAGCAUUGACAAAGGGACCAAAUUUUGACAUGGAUGAUUGCACUCAAUUCUUUAGGCCUAUUGGUCAUGCAAGUCUGUUAGUGUGUUGAAGACGCUAAUUAUGUUUUUUUAAGAAUACUUCGAAAGGUUAUGGCAAGCAAGACAAAGAUCUACAUUGUGCUCGAGUAUGUUGGCGAGGGCAAGCUUUUUGACAAAAUAGCCAAACUAGGAAGACAUAAAGAGGAUGAAGCUAGGAGAUAUUUUUAGCAGCUCAUCAAUGCUGUAGACUACUGCCACAGUAGAGGCAUGUACCAUAAAGACUUCAAGCCUGAGAAUCUGCUUCUAGACUCAUUUGGUGUUCUCAAGAUUUCAGACUUUGGAUUGAGUGCAUUUUCCCAGCAAGUGCGAGUAAGUAUUAUGUGAGUUUGCAACAAUUUCCUCAUCUAAGAGCAGAUUUUUAGCAGGUGGGAGUUAAUAAAUUGAACGUUAAAUUUUUAAAAGUGGUUACAGCACUGAGUCAAUUUUGCAGUCUAUUUGGUUUACUAAAAUCACCUAGUCCAGAAACUACCUUUCUGGCCAGGAGCAGUGCCCUGCUCUGAAAGGAAUUUGUCAGGAAUAAUGUGGCCAUUAGUUUUUCUUCUGUCCUUCAGUGGCUUGUUCAUUUCUUGUUUCUAUUAAUUUGGAAAUGAACUUUUUCUUAUGAUUUGUGUCUCUCCUUUCCCUCUUUUUAUAUUAGUGUUUCCCCAAAUCAAGGAGGCAGUUUAGUUUUAUUAGUUGACUUCUUCAUAAGAUUCUGUAUCAUGCAUCAUCUAGAUUUUGACACUUUGAAAACAUUCAGUGACCAUUUUUUAAGACUUGAUCUAAUCCACAUUGAGGUUAUAUGAUCUCAAUGUCAUUCAGACACAUAAGUUAUGGAUUGCCUUAAACCUAACCCUCAUUCAUCAAUAUAAGUUAGUAUUGUGGCUUUGCUUAAUCAAAGACUGACAACUUUUUUUACUGUAAGAAGACGUGCUGCUUCACACUGCCUGUGGAACCCCAAAUUAUGUUGCUCCUGAGGUAUCAAUUAUGAUGUCAUGGAAAUGAAUGGUCGCUUUGAUGCAAAAAUUUUUUCCUUUUCUUAUUAGUUUCUUGCAUUUGUGAUACUUCUUUCUUUCUUUUUUUUCCCCUUUCUAUCAGGUGCUCACUGAUAAAGGUUAUGAUGGUACAGCAGCUGAUAUAUGGUCUUGUGGGGUCAUUCUUUUUGUUCUUAUGGCUGGAUACUUACCUUUUGACGAGCCGAACCACAUGGCUUUGAAAGCAUUCAAGAACUUAGUUUUUUCAAGUUUUUUUUAAUUUUUUUAAUAUAUGUAAUUACAGUUAAUUUUUUUUUAUUAAUUUCUUUGUAUAUACUUUUGAACAUUUAACUUUAAUUUAUGAAAUAUAUGACGUUAUUCCAUUCAAUAUAUGGCUGU